UGCGGGAGCCGGGCCCGGCCGGCGGGCAGGCAGCAUGGGGGCCGGGGCGCUGGCCAUCUGCCAAAGUAAAUCGGCCGUGAGAUUGAAGGAGGACAUGAAGAAGAUAGCCUCACUUCCACUGAACAAGCAGAAGGACACAACCCGUCCAAAGGUGUUUGGUGUGAGUCUUCUGGAGCUCCAGCAGCAGGGACUAAGCAAGAACGGCAUCCCAAUAGUUGUGCGGAAUAUAGUUGAGUACCUGACCCAGCAUGGUAUGGCUCAAGAAGGUCUCUUCAGGGUAAACGGCAGCAUGAAAAUGGUGGAACAGUUGCGUCUGCAAUACGAGCGUGGAGAAGAGGUGGAGCUAGUUAAAGAUGGCGAUGUGUACUCGGCAGCCAGUCUUCUGAAAUUAUUUUUGAGAGAGUUGCCAGAUGGGAUUAUCAGCUCUGCCUUACAGCCCAAGUUCAUUCAGCUUUACCAGGAUGCUAGAAAUGACAUACAGAAGGAAAGUAACUUAAAAGAACUCCUUAAAGAACUGCCUGAAGCACAUUACUGCCUGCUGAAGUAUCUGUGCCAGUUCCUGAUAAAAGUUGCUGAACAUCAUGUAGAGAACAGGAUGAACCUCUGCAAUCUUGCCACUGUGUUUGGACCAAAUUGCUUUCAUGUGCCCUCUGGAUUUGAAGGUAUAAAAGAACAAGAGAUCUGCAACAAGAUAAUGACUAAAAUGCUGGAAAGUUACAACACCUUGUUUGAAUCGGAAGGCUUGAAGAAGGAAGAAGAAAAGCCGGUAUGUGAAGAGCUAUCAAGAAUUAUUUUGGUAAAAGUGACAAAGUCCACAAGGGAAGGAUCCAGCCGAACAUGCCUAGUGCCACAACCAGACCUGUCAGAUGGAACACCUCAGGUCAGCCUCCGAUUAGCAGACAGUAGUUCAUGUUUGAAGGAGAUGGAUUUAACAGAUGAAAUCUCCUUCAUUAACAGUGGUGCAUUUUUCUUCAGCUCCCAAGAAGAUGAGCGGCCUAUGUCACCCUUCUAUGUGAGCUCCCAUGUAUCACAAGUCAGUAGUAACAUGCCUGCUACAGGAGAGUAUUUAGAGAAGACAAUCCGCUCAGCCGUGGAGCAGCAUCUCUUUGAUGUUCAUUGCUCAGGCGGCCAGAGUUCAGAGGACUCUGAAUCGGGAACAUCAUCAGCCUCUUCUAAUGUGUCUGCCAGGCAGAGGAGGCGACAUCACAAAGAGCAGGAGGAAGCCCGGAGAAACAGAGACAUGGAAGUCAUCGACAAGGAGAACAUUCCCUCUGGCUUCAGCAAUCUCGAAGAUUGUAUUCUAACUGCUCAAGAAGUAGAAAAACUACAAGACAACUCUGGAUAUCUUAGUGAAAGGAAUAAACCCAAACGGCAGAAAUCCAGCACCAAACUUUCCGAGCUUAAUGACAACCAAGACAGUCCUGUGAGUAUGGAAAGCUUUAGCUCAUCUAGACCUAUAGACAGAACAGGACCUGAUGACAUGGAAGUUUUGUCUGAAGAAAGCAAAGAAAGUGAAAGCGGUGAGGUUAUUUUCAGGCACUCUCAGCAGACUUCAAAUAUGAAGAUUCAAGAGCAUCCAAGCAUUCCUGAAAACAAAUUGCAAAGAAAUCAAGAUGCUGAUGAGCAGGAAAACAGCUUUGGGUCAGAAGUGCCUCGGCUGGAUUUGACAGCACUGUGCGAUGACAACAACUGGGAAGAGCCCAUCCCUGCUCUUUCCUCAUGGCAGCGAGACAGCUUAGACUCAGAUGAGGCUCGCCUUUCCCCGCAGGCUGGUCGCUUAAUUCGCCAGCUUCUGGAUGAGGACAGUGAUCCUAUGCUGUCCCCUCGCUUCUAUGCCUACGGACAGAGCCAGCAGUACCUGGAUGAUACAGAAGUGCCUCCUUCCCCCCCCAACUCUCAUUCGUUUAUGAGGAGGCGGAGUUCUUCUUUGGGAUCUUAUGAAGAUGACAGAGAGGACCUUACCCCUGCACAACUCACCCGGAGGAUUCAUGGUCUGAAGAAAAAGAUCAGGAAGUUUGAGGAAAAAUUUGAAGAGGAAAGGAAAUACCGACCUUCCCACAGUGACAAAGCAGCCAACCCUGAAGUGCUCAAAUGGACAAAUGAUUUGGCCAAAUUCCGAAAACAACUUAAAGAAUCAAAACUGAAGAUAUCAGAGGAAGACCUUGGCCCUGUGGUGCGUCAACGGAGCAACACUCUACCCAAGAGCUUCGGUUCUCAGCUUGAAAAGGAAGAUGACAAGAAGCAAGACCUGUCAGAUAAAUCUGCCAAGCCUGCCGUGGAAGUGACCCUUGAUUCUAUCCAGAAGAAGCUUCAGGAAAAACGAGCAGAGACAAACCGACCUGAGGAUAUAAAGGACAUGACAAGAGAUCAGAUAGCAGCAGAGAAAGUGGCUCUUCAAAAAGCUUUGCUGUAUUACGAAAGCAUUCAUGGCAGACCGGUUACCAAAAAUGAACGACAGGUGAUGAAGCCCUUAUAUGACAGAUAUCGCUUGGUCAAGCAGAUCCUCUCCAGAGCCAACACCAUCCCUAUCAUUGGUUCCCCCUCCAGCAAGCGGAGAAGCCCUUUGCUGCAGCCAAUUAUCGAGGGCGAAACAGCUUCCUUCUUCAAGGAGAUAAAGGAGGAAGAGGAGGGCUCCGAGGAGGACAGCAAUGUGAAGCCAGAUUUCACAAUUACUAUGAAAACAGACUUCAACGUGCGUAGCUUCUUGGAUCAACUAGAAGAUGAUGCUGAUGGCUUUGUUUCCCCGGUGGAUGAUAAGAUGCCAUCAAGGAGCAACCAGGAUAUGGGACUUUCAAAUCUCCAUGAAGCAUCCAUCCCUGAACUAUUAGAGCAGCUGCAAGAAGUCAGAGAGGAGAAAAAGCGAAUCAGAAAAAAAUUAAGAGACUUUGAAGAUAAUUUUUUCCGACAAAAUGGAAGGAACGUGCAGAAAGAAGACCGCACUCCUAUGUCUGAAGAAUACAAUGAAUACAAGCAGAUUAAGGCCAAGCUGAGGCUGCUGGAGGUCCUGAUCAGUAAAAGAGAUAUUAGCUCAAAGAUAAUGUAAAGGAGGAGAUUGGUUUCGCCAGUAAACGUAGAAGAGAGCACCAAGUGGACAACUGCAUGAAGUGGAUGCACCAGGAGCCUGGCUGGGGAGGGCUGAGGAGCCCCCUGGGAACUGAAGGGCCAAUCCCAGAGGCAGGAGGGGGAGGAAGGGUGGCUUGCCAUCACUCUCUACAUUUGCUGUUGUCCACUCUUUCUCCAGGCCUGAUGCCCAAAUGGAGUUCGCCAGCGUAGGAGACAUGAUGCUGUCCUCAGUGACUGCACAGAAGGGAUUCUUGUGUUUUGAUUUGCUUACAGAUCCUGUAAUAUUUAGAAUAUCAAAGCCAACCAUGCUCUUAUUUUUUUUCUCCUUUCCAGGAUAUCAUAGCAAGAGACAAAGUAGCAUGAAUAGUGAUUAAAUCAACUAGCUUUCACUUCAGUUUACCAGACAUGUGCCCUAACUUGAUCUCAUGUAAAGGCACAGGUCACAUUAGCACCAAGAUUGUUCUCUUGUAGCUACAGUAAAGAUUUGCUCAGACUUUUGACCAGACUGUUUGGAAUCCAGCAUCUUCUGUUGCUCUUUCUGAGUGCUGGAAGGUUAUCCUGGUUAUAGCCCCAGACUAGUUUGAGUUACAUGGGUGACCAGGGCCCAGGGUUGAGUUGUUUGUUUUUUUCCCUGCCUUUUUUUUUUGACUGCCAGUUCAAUUAACUAGGAGAAAGUAUCUACAGCUGUUUGGGAUGGCAAAGAAAACGCAGCAGGGUUCUUGCCUGCUUGUUCCACUUGGCAGGAGGUACUGUAAGGGUAUGACCAUGUGUGGGCAACUGGGAAGAAAAGAGGUUUUCAUCAACUACAAGUCAGAACCUCUUGGGAUUUUGGUAGCUGCUGUUAAAUACCUGGUGUCAGGUAUCGGGAAGACCGGCCUCGUGUGCUUCAUUAUCUGUUAAUGAAUACAGGAGCCUAAGGUGAAUGGUCAGCGUCGAUGUCAUAUGGACUGGCUAGCCUACAUUUUGUUUUUUGUUGUAGACCAUCAGGCAGUGUGGGCUGGAGCAAGGACGCUGUGAUUGUGGCAACAGCAGACUGUGUUUUCUUCCCAGUGGCUUUGUUGUGCACAGGUAGUGCUGUGGCACAGGAUCCUGCAGGGAACUGAAAGCCCCAAGCCACACGUUGCCCAUGGAGAGGGCGUGUGUCUCAGGGGCAGGACUGGACAACUCGACAUUUCCACCUCUAUGACGUGCAGAAAAGGAGGCCCUGGGACAGCAGAUUCCACUUCUCUUGUCAGACAAUCGCUGCCUGAAGGAGUGAAAAGGCCGUGAGUCCAGGAACAAAGCCAGUAGCUGAGGGCUGAUAACUGCAGUGCAACAUCAGCCACCUGGGCUUGCUCUGGCGCUCCAGGAGCUUCAUGUGCACGGGCCGAUACUGCCCAGCAACGCUUCCUGCUGGAACCGGGACACAGCUCUUGGGAAUAGGUCUCAACCCCAAAGCCACGGAGUAAUGCUGCCCUGUUGUACGUCUGGGCCCUGGAAACUGGAGCAGGAGCCAAGCAGCCGAGGCCAAGCGCAGCGCCAGGCCUCACGCAAGUCGCAGGGGAGCAGGCAAGCAGUGGACUCCCAGAACCAUUUCUCCCUUUUCUUUUCUGUGGGUUUUUGGGUUGUGCUACUCAGACUAACCCCUCCUCAACUUGCUGUGUGUGCUGUGUUAAUUCUUGCCAAAACCGGUGUUGAGGUGGUUCACUUCGGGAUCCCACAAACGCUUCAGAAGGCAGCGCCUUCCUCCCCUGGGUCUGCCCGUGACCAUUAGUACUCCGCCUGGGUAAGACAGUGAUGAAGUUAAUUAUUAAUGAAAGCACUUAGGAGGGGGACUGAUUUUACUGAUUGAUUGCAGAAUUGCACCCUCCUAAUUAAAUCAGUGGGGACUGAAUUUCUUAUUUCCAAAGAGUCUGGAGGACUUGGGUGCUGUCCUGGGGCUUGGCUUUUCGGAGAUGUUGUGUUUCCAUAGGUGGGAGAGGUAGGGCUGUGCCUCUGCACAUCAGUCUGAUUCCUUGAGUGUGUCAAACAGGCUCAGAAACUGCUUUUGAAGAUGUUGGAGUGCGAGGGAAGCAAAUGCCUGUCUGGAGCCAGGGCAGCCCAAGGAAUCAGAGCUGUGCCUUUGGCCUUCUGCCUGGGCUUAGGGACGUGUCAGCCUGUGGUCAGCUCUCGUGGUUGCUUUAGGUACAGCUGCUGAGCCACCAUCAUGCAGCACUACUCCGCUAGCAGAAGCGUGCGAUGAGCAGUGGGGCUCCAAAAAGUUGGUGGUGCAGACUGGUGGUGGUGUUCAGGCCCGGUUCCUCAAAGUGCUUCAAAGCAUAUAUGGUGACAGUGUGCAGCAAGCUGAUCUGCAUUUGGGAUUCUGCUAAAUUAUAGCGGGCUAAAGCUGGAGGACAUUGGUGAAUCUGGCCUAGACACCUUCAUAGGGUCACAAGCAACAGUUUCUGCCCCUUUCUUCCUAGUCAUACAUUUUUCACUGGGCCAAGGCUUUCCCGGAGUAUGUUUUCUCUGCUUGUUUUUAAAAGCCUGUUUGCACUGUGUACUGAUAAAUUAUCUGUUUUGCUGGGUUUUGCCCCUGACAAAUCUUGAUAAAUGAUAUGUAGGGAACAGUCCAUUUUAUUUUUAAACUGAGGAGAUUGUAGCAUUUUCUGAUGCUUAGUUACCGCUGUUUACAUGGCAUAUUGCUAGAAUUUCAGAUAGUUUGUAUGAAAUGUAAGUACAAUUAUGCACUUUAGAGAGUUUCUAUUUUUGAACUUUGAAAGCUAAAAGUAACACAACCUGUUAACUGAAAUUGUACAUUAAAAGAGAAGAAUAUAUAUGCGUAGCCAUCUCUCUUUUAAACUGUUCUUUUCCCACUGGCAAAAAUAAAAUCAAAUCAAAUCAUAA